CUGCUGGGGUGUAACAACCUUUCGAAAGUGAAAAUCUGCUUCGCUGGCGUAAUUACUUGCCUUGAGAACGCUCUAGCUAUCAUUCUUCAUUUCUACUCCCGAAAUUUCAAGUCAACAGUGGCUCGAUAUCAUCUCAGUUUUCUAACGGUUCACAACAGAAAAUCUCCAUUAAGGCAUACGUCGAACCGAACUUCAACCGAAUCAAUUGAAUAACUGGUGUGUGUCCAAGACAAGCUUAUUUCCAGUGUCUGCAUACGUCGAGCCUGUUUUUCAGGAGUCAAUACUUUUAUAAAUUCUAGAGUUUCUCCAGCAGCGAGAUGGAUAAUGAGGACAAGCCCUUCACUCACUGGGGCGUGGCGUGGGAGAGGGUACAAAGGGUGUGGCCAAACCUGCCCGUCAUCUUCUUGUUCCUCUUGAAAUGGGGGAUGGCGAUCAGUCCGCUUACGCCAGCCCAGCAGAUUCAGUUACUGAAGGUGUGCUACGACAUCGCCUUCUUGCUAAGAAACAGUAAGAUGAUGGUGGCGGUGUAUUGGGCUGCGGGUAAGGUGUAUCGUGAGAUGCGUCUGUUUGACCAAGCACUGGCAUGUUUCUCAACGGUACUAGAAUUUGAAAAAGCAAUAGGCAGCAUAGGGCUGCAGGCGGCAUGUUAUUAUCAGAUGGGCCGUACCUAUAACAAGCUCGGUGACAAUGGUCAAGCCAUGGUGAACUACAAAAAUGCGUUAUGUAUACACGAGAAGUUCGGGGAAGAGCUUGAACAAGCAGAUGUUUAUAACAACAUCGGUGCUGUGUACAGCUCCCUCGGUGACAAUGGUCAAGCCAUGGAGAACCUCAAACAUGUGUUAUUUAUAUACGAGAAGUUCGGGGAAGAGCGUGAACAAGCCGAUGUUUAUAACAAAAUCGGUAAUGCGUACUACUCCCUCGGUGACAAUGGUCAAGCCAUGGAGAACCUCAAACAUGCGUUAUGUAUAUACGAGAAAUUCGGGGAAGAGCGUGAUCAAGCAGAUGUUUAUAACAAUAUCGGUGUUGUCUUCAUGUCCCUCGGUGACAAUAGUCAAGCCAUGGAAAACUACAAACAUGCGUUAUGUAUAUACGAGAAAGUCGGGGAAGAGCGUAAACAAGCCGAUGUUUAUAGCAAAAUCGGUAAUACGUACUGCUCCCUCGGUGACGAGGGUCAAGCAAUAGAGAACUACAAACAUGCGUUAUGUAUAUACGAGAAGAUCGGGGAAGAGCGUAAACAAGUAGAUGUGUAUUUUUGUAUCGGUGCUUUGUUCAAGUCCCUCGGUGACGAGGGUCAAGCAAUAGAGAACUACAAACAUGCGUUAUGUAUAUACGAGAAGAUCGGGGAAGAGCGUAAAAAAGCAGUUGUUUUUAACGGUAUCGGUGAUUUGUACAGCUACCUCGGUGACAAUGUUCAAGCCAUGGAGAACUACAAAAAUGCGUUAUGUAUAUACGAGAAGUUUGGGGGAGAGCGUGAACAAGCAGCUGUUUAUAACGGUAUCGGUUGUGCUUACGACUCCCUCGGUGACAAAGAUCAAGCAAUUGAGAACCUCAAAAAUGCGUUAUGCAUAUACGAGAAGUUCGGGGAAGAGCGUGAACAAGCAGGUGUUUAUAACAACAUCGGUAAUGUGUUCAAGUCCCUCGGUGACAAUGGUCAAGCCAUGGAGAACUACAAACAUGCGUUAUGUAUGUACAAGGAGUUCGGGGAAGAGCCUAAACAAGCAACUGUUUAUAACAACAUCGGUGAGGUGUUCAAGUCCCUCGGUGAGAAUGGUCAUGCCAUGGAAAACUACAAAAAUGCGUUAUGUAUAUACGAGAAGUUCGGGGAAGAGCGUAAAAAAGCAGGUGUUUAUAACAACAUCGGUGUUUUGUUCUAUUCCCUCGGUGACAAUGGUCAAGCUAUGAUGAACUACAAAAAUGCGUUACGUAUAUUCAAGAAGUUUGGGAAAGAGCGCGGUCAAGCCUCCGCAUAUUGUAACAUUGCUAAUAUUGCUCUAAUUGAUAAUUCUGUGGAAGCAAUGGAGCUUUACCGGUCUGCACUAGCUCUUUUUCAAAAACACGGUGACGUGAUUCGUCAGGCUGAAACAUGGCACAACAUAGGUAUGGUGUAUCUGGAUAUGUCGGAGCAUCCAGAGGCAGAGAAGAGUUUAAAAGAGAGUUUACGGCUUUUUGAACUAGUAUUUAUGAACCUUGGAAGCCGCGAAAAAUUGAAAAUUACCGUUAUAGAGACUUACAUCAUAACAUAUCGUGAAGUUUUUGACGUCUCUAUUAUACUAGGGAAACCAGAACAGGCGUUACUAGCAAGCGAACAAGGACGAUCACGCGCUCUCAAAGAUAGCCUACAGAAAAAAUAUGGACUAGAAAGCAAUGCCCCCAGUGACGAGGACACACGCUUUACAAGCUCAUUAAUCAGUGAAGACAAUACGUCGUUUGUUGUCAUUUGCUUGUCACUAGAAUGGCUUCAUUUGUUUACACUUGCAAGCGGGAAGCCCUUGGUUACCGAAUCGGUACCAAAAGAAAUAUUCUCAAGCGUCGAGUCUGAAAUCAAUGGAAAAGAGCUAGAGUGGUUACGAGACUACAUAGACAGGAUGGUAAAAGAGGCAAAUGCACACGUUCGUCUAAACCGUGACGAAUCGUUUGAAGACAGAUCCCUGAGAUUGAGCUGCGAUGACGACGGUGAUGAGUCAUGGCAGCCAACCGUGUUAGCACGAGGCGUGAGAACAGCUACCGAGUUUGAAAGGUGUCGCAAGUCGACUGAGGUCAGAGCCGAGCCAAGCGAGAACAGUGAAGACGGGAACUUCCCUGAAACAAGCUCGACAAAUAGUGAGGCUACUGGUGGUACACAGAAUCAACCUCAACUACCUACCCAAGCUCCAAUGAGCCAAGCCACAGGGAUACCACAAGAAAGCGAUGCAAUCCCCUCUGUUAAAGUGCCGCAGGAGCACGAGGAUGACACGUGUACACCACUCCUACCAAGCGGUCCCGAGACACCCAUACACCACGACCCGCUAGAAGUGUUGUACCGACUGCUGAUCUCUCCAAUUGAGGAUCACCUCACUGGGCCUGAAGUGGUGUUCAUUCCGGAAGAUUUCACUUUCAUGAUUCCAUUUGGGGCCAUGAAAGACCCCGAUGGGAGAUUCUUGGCUGAGCGAAAACGCAUCCGGACUGGCCCAUCGCUGUCUACCCUCAAGCUGCUGAGGGAGUGUCCUGAACACAAACACAGCAAGCAGAGUGUGCUGGUUGUCGCCAACCCGAGAUCUAAUGUGAACGUUGAGUGGCCCGAUGAGUUCGGACAACUUAAGGUCAAGCCAUUCAGUGAUACAUUUGCAGGUCUCCCUAAGGCAAGUGAAGAAGCAAAAAUGAUCCGCGAUCUUCUGCCCGAUGUGACUUGUCUGAUGGAAGAGCGAGCAACAAAGAAUGCGAUCCUUGCCAAGCUCAAGGAGGGUGUCGGGAUAGUCCAUAUCGCAUCGCAUGGCAACGCAAGGACAGGGAAAAUCCUAGUAGCCCCUGGACCACGCCCACAUGACGAAAUCGCCCCCUCCAAAGACUUUCUUCUGACAAUGGAGGAGAUCUACUCGUGCCAAAUCAACGCGCGUCUUGUUGUGCUGUGCUGCUGCCAUAGCGGUACAGGCGAGAUCAGAGCCGAGGGUGUAAUGGGACUCACCCGAGCGUUCCUCGCUGCAGGAGCGCGCUCUGUUCUUGCCACACUAUGGCAGAUCAGCGAUGAGGCUACGCUUUACUUCAUGAAGCGUUUUUAUCGCCACCUGGUCAGCGGACGGACUGCUAGUGCAAGUCUCCAACAGACUAUCCGCGACACAAUCGCCGACAAAGACAAAUACAGCCACCCGUACUACUGGGGGGCAUUUAUCUUAGUCGGCGACGAUGUUACUCUGACGUGAUGUUGUGAAUAAUGAGGGCUUAAAUGAAGCUCAACAUAUCAAAGCGUAUAAAUGGACGAUGUUACUCUCACGUAAAGAUGUAAAUAAUAAAAGCUUAAAUGAAGGUCAACUUAUCAUAGUGUAUAAAUGGACGAUGUUACUCUAUUAUAAAGUUGUAAAUAAUGUGUGCUUAAUUUCAGUUCAACACAUCUUUCUGUAUGAGGGAGCCAUUUCAUUCUAAAAUAGAGUUUUAAAUAAGGUAAAUUAUUGUAUUGGUGUAGCUCCGUGUUACCUCUCUGUUUGAAAGAGCGAUUUAUUUGUAAUGUUGUUAUCAAUAGAGACAAGCUCUAUUGCUUCGCUAGAUAUCAUGGGAUGCUUGUAUCGAGAAAUAUCUAGAAACAGAAGUGUAUAUAUUUGUAAAAUUGAGAUUUGUAAUUUAAAGCACAUUAAGAAUA